CGGGCGGCGCUGUUGUCACGGUGAAGCCGGGAUGAGGAGAUGGAGCCGCGGGGAGAGGAUUACAGAGAACUGGAGGAGGCAGGGCCGUCGGGUCACAGCAAAAGCUGGAAAAAUGAGAGUGUGUUCAAGAUACCGGAGAAGAGGAAAUUGCCUACAACCACCACCAGAGCUCCAUCAAUACAUCUCAAAUUACAGAAACAUCGGGAAUUAGCCAAGAAGGCCCUGAAGAAGAAAGGAAUGGGUGGAGGUCCAAUCUUGCAUCAGCCUAAAUCAGGCACAAAAAGGUUAGUAAAAUUCAAUAAAGGUUACUCUGCCCUGAAACAAAAUCCGGAUGAAUCUUUAGUCUCUUUAGAGUCUGACAGUGAUGGUGAGUUUGAGUCCAAGUAUUAUUCCUCAUCAGGCUAUUCCUCUGCAGAGCAGCAAGUUAACCAGGACCUGAACCGUCAGCUCCUGAAAGACGGCUAUCACUUAGAUGAAAUACCAGACGAUGAAGACCUUGACCUCAUUCCUCCUAAGCCUGUUACCUCGUCAGCCUGUGCUUGUUGCCAGGCAGAAAGUUCUUGUACUGUCCAGUAACCACUGCCACUUCCCGUAUCAUGUCAAAAGAUAAUUUCAUUUUCAGCAAUUGAAUUUUUUAAGCAUUGCAUAAAAGGACAGUAUAUGUGUGUUAUAUAUUUAUAUAUAUUAUAUAUAUAUAAUAUAUUUAUAUAUAUAUUAUAUAUAUAUUUUGGCUGAACUUAUUUAAAAAAUUUAUAAACUGGGAAACAACAUUAAUAUACUACAGGAUCCUAUUUAAAAGUGUUGUAUGUGGCCGUUGCAAUUGCUGAUCUCUUAGAUUAAAUUUUGUCUAUGCCCCUUAUUUCAUAUGCCAUUCGCAUCUGAAAUUCUGUCCGAGUUUCCAGGUGGUAACUGUAAGACUAAAAGCUAGUGCUAAAUUUCUCCGCAAUAUGCAACUUAUUUUGCCAGUUGCAUAAUUGAAUGGUAAUGGUGUAGCGCUAACCUGAAAUUCCCAUACUCAUUUAAUCCACCUUUCCCCUUAUUUAUCCACGGAUCCAAAAGCAGAGAAGCCUUUCAAAACAGGAAAAGAAGCCUGAAAACUAGAAUAGACCAGAGCUGUGCACGAAAUUAAAACCGUUGGGCCGGGGUGCGGUGGGGGGGGGUAGUGAAAUUGUGUAGUCUCUUAUUAGAGUGGGGCAUUUCUAUGCAAUUUUAAAAGGUGGUAGCUCAAAUUAAGCAGGCUAGCACCUGAUGCUGGAUAAAGGGAUUUUGCACGAAUGUGUUCAGUGUUUGCAUGUCAAUGGGCGGCGCUAUUUCAUCCUGUAGACGAGAACUACGGUUAGCGGGCAGGCUAGGAAUGAUAGAUUGUGAAAAUGAUAGCUCUGUGACUGGCUUAGGUUGUUAGGAAAUCAAUGCGGGGGAUGUAGGGGAGGGGUGCAGGAAAACACACAAUCUGAGGAAAAGUAGUGGAUUCUAGCUUUCAGAUUUAUUUUCUGUCAACGGACAGCAAUAGGGGUGCUGAAGUGAACCUAUAUGGUGAAUAGCUAAAAUCUAUAUUGAGUUUUAGCCUUUGUAUGUCGAUCAAAUGCAUAAGAUGUCAGCUGUAGCUUGCACAAUACAUUACCAGGAAAAUGUUCAAUUUGCAUAGGGUUGACAUCACAUAAACCUAACCAGAAAUUGUUCUCAUCUUGAUGUAAACAAAGGUUAUUUAUUGACAUUAUUCUUUUAUUAUCCAAAUUAAGUAAAAGUAAAUUUGAACUUUGACAUUCAUUUUGGAGACCCAGUGGCUGUGUUCCAUAAUGUAUAAAUAUUUCACUGUAGAAUAGUAACUUAGGGGUUGUUCCCUCACUGAAACCCCUUUCAAUAAGUUCCAGAUUUUUAGUCACGUUACCCCAAAAAAAGGGGCCGCACCAUGGUGAGAUGUUUCUGCAGAGGAAGAUGGGAUGGAGGUGGACAAGAUGGGCUUGUGAGAAAGUUAGAGGAUGCCCAUCUGUUAUGCACCAAUUGGAGUGCUUUUGCCAGGGAAGUGGGAAGCAGCUUAUUAACCAGUCUUGGUAACCUCAUGCAGUGCGGAAGAGACAGCCAGACAGAAAGUAACCGAGGCGUGAAUUUUGGCACAGCACAGCAUUGCUCGUUAUGGUUACCAUAAGAAGCGUGCUUUGCUACCCAAGUGCUGAAACUUUCCGGUUAAAAGAUGCAGUGGAUGCAGUCUGAGUGCUUGUUCAGCAACAACAAAUCACUUGCCCUGAAUAGUAACUUGCCAAAUUAAAAGGUGAGGAGAGGGGCAGAAAUCAAUCUUCUGAUUGCAAUCUUAAUUGAUUGGGGUUUUAUGGGUGCUCCCAAUUAAUAUCAUGAAUAUAACAUUAAUUUCCCAUGGCAGUAACGUGAAAGUGGCAUUGGAACAAUAAUGAGCUGGAUAUCCAGCCUGUUUUAUUUCACUCUGUCACAAUCCAAAUGCAUAUUUAAUGGUUUCAGAACAAUUGCUUUCUAUAAAUGUGUUUAUGCAGUUAGAUACUACAUAGAAUCUGCCACUAAGUGUAAAAUAGCCAUGAUUUCAAGGAGAUCAGCUUUUACAAUUCCACCAUACUGCAACCAAUUAAUUGCGAAAAGGGCUUAUCUGAGGUACUAGGAGCGUUUGUGUAAUGGAUACCUGGUAUGUUCAGUUUGAAGGCAGCAAUGUCUGAUGCACUUUGAUUCUUGUCUUUCCACAAUACCAAUUCUUUAUCUCAACAUGUUUACAUGUGCUUUUGCUUAAAUGUUGAGCUCGAACCAAUUGAAAUUGGUCUGUUUUUCAGUAAGAUGCACUUUCUACUCUAACAAUCUGUACAUGCUGGUAUCCUCUGGCAGGAUAUUACCUGUCUAUUAGGCUAUCUUCUGUUCUUCUCCAAAUCGCUUUUAAACUAUGCUUUGGGUUAUAAUUUCGAUUGUAUAUUUUUAAUAUCUUUGUGAUGUUUCAGCCUAUUUCAUGCAAGGAUAAGGGGACCAGGAGCUUGUUUAAAAUAAUAGUUCAGUCCCUUGCACUUUUACUACCUAUCAGUUCCCUAUUUGCUCCUGAGACAUAAUGGAACAUUUAUUAUUAGCCUUAAUAGAGAUGUAUAAUUUGCAUGCUCUGCCCUUUGUGUUUUAGGAAUGUGGAGUUUUAUUGUAUAUUUAAUGUUCUCCCAUUCAGUUAAGUUGCUUGAUUUAAUUAAGUAAUGCAUGCAACGAUGCAAAGUCUGGACUUUAUUUAUUCCUUGUUCCAGCUCCAUCAACACACUAAUUUCCUUUUUGUUUUAGAAGUUUGCCUAUAAGUCACCAAAGUUACCUUUUAUCUUUGCGCAGAAUAUAAACAUGGUAUUCCUGUGUUUGAGCAUCUUAGAUCGUGACUUUUAGCUGCCCUUACAUUUUCACUAUUUAAGGAGCAGAUGGUAAACUGAAAGUUGUUUUAUGUUUAAACUUAAGGGGAAAAGAAAUGAAACAACAUCUCAUAGCCUUGAUAAUUAGGUAGUCAGCAUCUUGUGUCUCUGGCCUUGAGGUUACGCUGUAAAUAUUAGCAUAUAAACAAUGAAUGCGUUUGUGUGUAAUCAUCUGUGGCCUAUUUUAAUGUGAGCCAUUUAUGAUGAGCAAGUUAACAUCUCCAUAAAAUAGCCCAUCAAAGAAUUGCUUAAGACUAAUGCUGCACAUUUUCAAUGUAUGGCUCUAUAUAGUAAAGAGCAUAUGCAAGGCAAAACUUUAUCUUUCUUGAGCCAUAGACUGAAGAUAUUAUGCUGAAAGGUCACUUAUUUAGAAGGGGCAAUCAUGUCUUAAAUAUUUCUUAAUUGGAGAACUCCCCCAAAGCCAUGAAUAUGUUCUUCUGUAUUGACUAAGUUUGGAAUUUUUGAAAUUAAAACACAGGCUUUAAAUUAUCUGCAGUUUAGAGGAAAAUAGCAGUGUUUAUAGUGUUUAGAUUUCAGUGAAGCAGCUACUUAAUGGACUAUUGAUUCACCCAGUUUCAAACUGAAAAGUCACUUUGGUUUAACCGUUACAUCAAUUGCAACCCCUGCUGGCAAAUUCAGAAGGAUGGUGAUUGAAUGCUGCUAUGUUAAGGGAGCUGUUGAAUGUUAAACAAAAGAGCAGGUUGUCCCAACUCCUCCUGUGGACCUCCUUGUGGCUCCAUGAAAAUUGAAGGGAGAUUGAGGAGCUGGGAAGUUGGGGUAGAGAAUCCUAAGGAAGUUGGAGUAAGAAACUCUGAAGACUACAGAACUUUCCUGCCAUUUGAAGAUGUGUGCGUAGUUUAUCUUUGUUUGAUUUUGCUGUCUCCCAGGUUUAGUUUUAGUCAAGCUACCACAGUUACUUUGAAAUGAAUCUGACUGGUAACAGGCAACACUUUCUGUAGCGAAUCAGGUCAGAGGUAUUUAUUGGAUUUUCUGGUUUGGUGUUUGUGUAUAAAAUGCUAGAGUGGUCUAAUAAACAGCCAAUCCUGGCCAAUAGCUUUAUGACAUCCAAUUGUAGGGUUCUGAUAGUGCAUCCGUCAAAUCACCCACCACAUGAAUAAUCCCCUUACCGGCAUUUGGAAGUCAACUGGAAUCUUUUGAGAACGCUGGCCUCUAACCUCAAGAAGUGCCCAGUCCUGGCCCCUAUUGACCUGCCCUGUAGAUGCCUUUAAGAGUUGGUGCUGAGCAACAUUUGUAUGUAGAAUAAUGUUGCUGGAAAAAUUAUUUUAAUAUCCAUUAAUUCUAUUUUAAUUACUUUAUCCAGAGGCGCUUUAUCCAUUUCUUUAGAUUCUGUUAAAUUCUAACUCUGCUAUUUAUUAUGGUAACUGCUACAUGCUAUCAUGCUAUUAUUUAGUUUGUCUAAUAGUUGAGGUCACGAUAAAGAAAUAUUUGAACCAGGCAUGGGGAGGCUGUGAUAUGUUAGCCAAGGAGGUUUGAUCAAUAUUUUUUUAAAAAUUGAAUCCAAUUUACAGUUGUUUAGAAAUCCCAGGUGAGGGUUAGUAUUUUGUCAAUGAAUUCAUCCACUUGAACUGAUCUAUGUAAUGCUGCACUCAAUAUCUCUAUGGAGAACCUGUUGAAAUGCUGAAGUCUCUAAAACUUCACGUUCACUAUGCUAUUAAAAGCGUAUUGUGACUCUGGAGAUGUAUUUUCAAAGCUUUGAGGUGAUUGCCUUUCCCAGAGUUCAAUGAUGAACUGCAUGUUUGUGCACCAAUUACUACUAUUGCAUCUAGCGGCAAAUUCAUCGCCGCUUGGUCCUUUAAAUUUGUAUUGGUUUUUGGGGAGUAUUGCAUACCCUUUUUUAAGAACAGUGCAGAGCAGUUAAUGCAUUUCCAGUAUGUAUUUUGUGGUGCACGAAACAUAGGCAUUAGUGGCGCCCUUGAGCCUAACUUCCAGAGAGGGUGGUGCUGAGACGGAGGCGUUAAUAUCAGCAGUUUGCACUUAGGCUGCUAUAAGGGGCACCUUGUGGAAGAAUAGGAAUCUCUGGGUGGAGCAGUCUUGCCUGUGAUCACCUCAGUCAAUCAUUAAUGAUGUUGUGCAAGCAUCUGUGGAUACGUUUUGGGUUUUAAUUGUUUUGCAUAGAGAAAUUCUGCAAAUAUAGUAGGGGAAGUUUAUUCUUUAACACUUGAUGGUAUCUUACAUGCAUAGCUGUUUUGAGGGUUUCACCCAUAUUUCAACUGGGGGAAUUGCAACUCGUGAGCUUAGAAUUAUACAGCAAGAGGAUGGAAGAACAUGUUCUUUUGGACCAAAAUAGGAAUUAUUUCUGGGGAAAGAUGCAAAUUAUAUUCUGCCAUGCUGUUAAUUGCUAAGACACAGUUUUAAGUCAUCAGCUACCCUAAAAAUCAUAUUGUCGUAUCCUUACACUUUGAGUUAAAAGUCAUGUUCAAAGAAAACAGAAAAGGGAAGCUUAAAAGAAUGUGGAAAGAAGUUUAAUAUUCUAUAGACUAACUCAACCAUAAAAUUUCUGUGAAUAUGGACAUUGAGGAUAUUUUUAAGAAAACUGAACGUGAUGCCAUGUGUUAUGUUUUCUGGAAGCUAUAAUGGAUUGUGAAAAUGCACUGCGCCACAUGCUCAUUCGGGUUCUGAAACCGUCUCUUAAGUUUUCAAUUUACACAGUGUAUGCAGAGUAUAAAAACUAAAUAUUCCUUCUGUGCAAUACAUAGACUUAACUACAUUUUAUUAAAUUGCAUUUAUUUUUUGUAUGUUAUUGGUAUGGCAGAUUAAAAUAAAGAAUGCUUUAAAAGA